GAGAGCGCCGCCACUGACACCGCCUCGUCGUCGCGCGCAACGCAGCCAUGCACGCGUCGCUGCUCCUCCUCCUCCUGGCGCCCGCGUCGUUCGCCCUCAACAAGCACGUGGCCAUCGUCACGGGCGGCACGCGCGGCAUCGGCAAGGGCAUCGCCGAGGCGCUCGCGUCGCAGAGCUUCGACCUGCUCCUGACCUACAACAGCGACGCCGACGCGGCGGCGGCGACGGCGGCGGAAAUCACGGAGGCCUACGGCUGCGCCGUCGAGUGCGUCGGCGGCGACGUCAGCCAGCCCGCGACGCGCGACGCGAUCUUCGCCAAGUUCGACGAGGCCUUCAAAGCGACGCACGCGCUCGGCGCCGUCGUCCACAACGCGGGCCAGUACGUCGGCGUCACGUCGUCCAACGCCGACGGCAUCGGGCCGUCGCCCCAGCUCGGCUUCGGCGACGGCUCGCUGCUCGGCGACGACGGCGCGCCGGACCUGGGCGUCAUGCACUACUACCAGCGCAUGUACGGCGACGCCUACGUCGACCUCUGCGAGCGGGGCCUCGCGCGCAUGGGCGAGGGCGGCGGGUCGCUCGUCGGCAUCUCGUCGCCCGGCUGCACGCUGACCUACAAGGCGAACCUCGGCUACGACAUGCCCGGGUCGGGCAAGUGCGUCAUGGAGUACGCCAUGCGCCUCUUCGCGCUCCGCGCCGCGAAGAAGAACGUCAACUGCAACGUCGUCAUCCCCGGCGUGACGACGUCGGACGCGUGGGGCAAGCUCGCGGACGCGCGCGGCGCGGACGUCGACGAGAUGGUCGGCGGCAUCGCCGGGCGCAUCGCGCCCAUGGGCUCCAUGGCGCCGCGCGCCGUCGGCGACGGCGUCGCGUUCCUCUGCUCGCCCGCGGGCCGCGCGGUCACGGGCGUGAGCCUCCCCGUGGACAACGGCGUCCACCUCAAGACGUGAGCCGCCGGCGCGCGUGGCUAAGCUCCGAGACUCGG